AUGGUGGAUCAACUCCAAGGAACAUGGAAAUCCAUUUCUUGUGAAAAUUUUGAAAAAUAUAUGAAAGAGCUAGGAAUAAGAAGAGCCAGUAGGAAACUGGGCUGCCUGGCAAAACCCACUGUGACCAUUAGUACAGAUGGAGAUAUGAUCACCGUAAAAACCAAGAGCAUCUUUAAAAAUAAUGAGAUUUCAUUUAAACUUGGUGAAGAGUUUGAAGAAGCCACACCAGGUGGCCAUAAAACCAAGAGCACCAUAACCUUAGACAAUGACUCCUUGGUUCAAGUUCAGGACUGGGAUGGCAAAGAAGCCACCAUCCAAAGAAAGCUGGUGGAUGGGAAGAUGGUGGUGGAAAGUUCUGUGAACAAUGUUAUCUGCACCCAGACGUGUGAGAGAGUGUAAACAACCUUUGUCUCAAGGUCUUGGCACUGUCAAACUGUGAUCCAAAAUGCUGAGGCUGUUGGAAUCAAACUCCAAA